AUGCCAUUAGAUUUUGGUCAUCCACCCAUUGAUAUUCAGCGACAUUUAGCAGCACUCAAAGCAGAAGACUGGUUAAAUUGGGUGGUAUUAUAUUCACUGCCACUUUUACAAGGCCAUCUUCCAGAAAG